AUGAUGCAUCCAUUAAGUCCAGAAUAUAUUGACUGGGAGUUGCAUUACCCAAACUAUUAUUCAGAUCAAGAAGGAUUUAAAAAGGAAAUUUACUUAAAUACAAAAAAGUACCCUAUAAAAUACAGUGAGGAUAAGGUAUUCAGCGAAAGAAGCGUAGCUAUUUCAAAAAAAUUGAAGAUAUUGGAUAUUGGAUGUGGUUAUGGGGGUCUACUUGCUUGGUUGAGCGAACAUUAUAAAGAUAAACUUUCAUUAGGAUUGGAGAUUAGAGAGAAAGUAACUAAUUAUGUUGGCGAAAGAAUACUUUCAAUGCAGCAAAACGGUACUGGAAAGAAUAUCAGUGUAGUUAAAACAAAUGCAAUGAAGUAUUUACCAAAUUACAUUACAAGACAUCAACUAGAAAUGAUUUUUAUUUGUUUCCCAGAUCCACACUUUAAAAAAAGAAACUGGAGAAGAAGAAUUGUAAGCUACUCAAUUGUUCCUUUAUAUUGGUAUUUAUUGCAAGAAGGGGGAUUAAUUUACAUAGUAACUGACGUUUAUGAAUACUAUGUAUGGGCAGUAAAGGUAAUGGAUACAUAUAAGUUAUUAUUUGAAAGAAUUCCAGAUGAAGAGUUAACUUCAGACCCAUGCGUAACAGCAAUUAAAACAAGCACAGAAGAAGCAAAGAAGGUUGAGAGGUCAAAUUCUCCUGCAUACUCAUGUGUAUAUAGAACUAUACCAGUUAAGGUUUGA